AUGGACAUUCCGCUCAAACACCAAUCGGGAACCGCUCCCGGGGGGGAAAAUGCGAACAAGAAAGCGCAAAAGGAAGCGCAAAAGAUCAAAGAGAUGCACGACGCGCAGUUACGUCUCGCGAUCGCCGCGAGAGAGAGACAGAAAGAGCGCCAGGCGAAAUUACUCGCGGAAUUGGAAAAAGGAGGCGCGAAUGGAGACGAUGCGCACGCGGUGUCGAGAGAGAUGCUGGAGAAGAUGAUUAAAGAGUGUGCGCCAGGGGAAACCUUCGACGAGGACGUGAAAACGGCGCUGUUACAGUUGGCGGAUGAUUUCGUCGAGGAAGUGGCGAUGCAGUCGCACAAAUUGGCGAAAUUGAGAAACGCGGAUGUGAUCGACGUGAAAGACGUCGCGUUGCACUUAGAGCGCGAGUGGGACAUUGUCGUCCCCGGGACGUCGGGAGAGGAGUUGAAACCGUACAAGAGACCGCAGAAACCCGGGACGCAAACGCAGCGAGAGGCAAAGGUGAGGAAAUCGAUGGCGAGAGCGGUGGAGGCAAAGAUUUUGCUCGAAAAGGAAAGGAGGAGAGAGGAGAGACGGAUGGCAAAGUUGCAGCGACAGGCGCAAGCCGGAGCGAGCGGGCAGAAGGAGGAGGAAAGCGAGAGCGAUGAUUCGAGCAGCGACGAAGAAUAA